GUAUACAACCAGCCAAAAACGUGACAACUUAUACGUCACCGGCCACAGAGGGGGCGGCUACUAUCCCACGUGCAGGCAGGGUAAUAAUAACAUUUGUUGUUGUGCAUAUCAUCUGCCUUGGAUUGAUACAUACUGUGUUCGCAUUAGUAACUUAGGGUGACUGUGACUGGCUGUAAUAACAGUUACACUUAUCACCGGAUAUGUCUUCUUACAUUGGAGUUAAUGAUGUUCCUGGUUAUGUUGUACCAGUCGUACUUAUCACAGUGUCCCUAUACUGGCUGUGGAAGAGGGAGAUGGCGCGUGUUCCAGGCCCAAGGGGUCUACCUAUUAUCGGAAACAUCCCUCAAGUGACUGGCGGAGGGUUCGAUCAGAAGCUACAACGGUUUAGGGAUAGAUAUGGAAAUCUUUUCCGGCUCAAACUGGGCGAGAUGACUACUAUUUUUGUGUUUGGACUUAAGAAUAUUGAGCAGGUUUUACUUGGACGAGAAGAGAACUUUAAUAUACGACCUAACUGGCUCUAUAUACCUGAUAAGGUCAUUCAGAAAAAAGGUCUGAUUUGGACGAAUGGCGAGAUGUGGCAAAGAAUGAGAGACCUCCUGACAACAACACAGACCUCCCCGGACACCGGUCAGCAUACAGAGAAACAAAUAUUGGCUGAAGUGCAUCACGUGGUCAAGCUUUUGAGUGCAGAAACUGACCCCGGGAAAACCGGAAUUGACCCCGGGAAAACCGGAAUUGACCCCAGGAAAACCGGAAUUGACCCCAAUUGUCUGUUUAGCGCUUCCACAUUCAACAUUUUGUCGUCGUUUGUAUUUGGACAGCGGUUUGAUGUGACGGAGAAAGAUUACAGCUUACUCAAGGAUGGUAUUGCGGAUCUUACUGAGAGAAACAAGACUCAGAAUCCCGUCAACAUGUUUCCAAGUUUAGGGGCCUGUAUGAGACGAAAGAGAGACGAAGCUAUUGUAAAGGAAAAUGACCUUUUCACUAUUUUAAAGAAAUAUCUGACUUCCCACGAAAACAAUUGUCAUGAGAACGUGCCACGUGACCUGAUGGAUACCUACAUACAGCAGACCAAACAGGAAAACGAUACCGAUAAAUUAAACACAGAGAACAACUUCUUGAGGUCCAUCCUCGACAUGUACAUAUAUGGGUCCGAGAUGACCACGUCACUGCUGCUAUGGACGAUCGUGUACCUCGUCAGGUACCCGGAUGUUCAACGAAAAUGUCAUGAGGAAAUGGAUUCAGUUGUUGGAGACCGUGAUCUGACGACAACAGAUAGGGUCAAUGGAAGUCUGCCGUACUGUGCAGCAGUAAUGAGAGAGAUACUCAGGAUUUCUAGUCCAGCGGUCAUGACAACGCUACACUCCAAUAAAAAGAGUUCCAUUGUGGGCGGUCACCUGAUCCCUGAACGUUCAUUAGUCGUCUGUGACCUUCACAAUCCUCGAUUCGACGAGACAGUUUGGGAAAACCCAUCUGAGUUUCAACCUGAGCGAUUCCUAGUAAAGCUGAGCGAAGAACAAGAACGAGUUGCUUCCCUUUCGUUUGGUCUAGGUCCGAGAUGUUGUCCCGCACGAAAAUUAGUGGACACUGCGCACUUCGUAUACUGCAUGAACCUCAUACGUCACUUCCACAUCAGCUAUUUUGACAGAAGUAAACAAAUACCUCUGACGUCAGACUAUAAAGGGGUAUCCCUCAAACCCACCCCGUUCAGGGUAGUAUUCAUACCGAGAGAGUUUCCAGGAAGUGUCAGCUGAGUAGCUCAUAACAAAUCAGGACACUAUAUAUUGGUAUUUUUAUUUGUAUUAUCAUCAGUUCAAUUAAGGUUUCUCUUCAUGGGAAAAAAUAAUAGAACUGCAUUCAUUGUAUUUCAGAACUGUUUAACUAUAGACCACAUUCGUAUUGAUUUUACUAAUUAAUCAAUUUAAAGAGAUAACAGAACCACCAUCUUAAUUACAUACUGUAAUUGGAAUGUACCAAUGUCAUCUUUUUAUAUUUUGCGAAAAAUAAAGAUUACAUGUUU